CGCGGCGCCCCUGGAACCGAGCUUGCCGUGCGUUCGGACGAGGCCGGUGAACGCGGCAUUACACAUUACAUGGAAUGGACGUCAGUAGAGCUGCGGCUGGAUUGACGUUCACAUUCCUACGGGAUUGUCCGUUCGGAUGAUUCCUCUUUGAACUGAAACGAUAAUCUUUUGUUAUCACAGGAUAUGAUGUCGAUGGAAACCCGAAACGAAGUUUAAAUUCUUGUGCAGCUGUCUUUAAUGUUAUUGUUUGCCAUGCGCUUUUGACAGAUCACAUAUGGUCUGAAGAAUCGUACGCGCAUUUCCCUGGCAGGCUUCAAUAAAUAUCACAUUGUGCGGUGAAACGCAACGCAAUCAAAAAUGGAAAACGAUAAUCCAGUUAUAUAUGGGCUCGAAUUCCAAACCAGAGCACUGUCGGCUCAAACGGCCGAGACGGAUAUCGUGAGAUUCUUGGUAGGAACGCAGUCUUUAAAAUUCAACAACAACCAGGUUCACUUAGUAGAGCUUAAUGAGGAAACAGGAAACUUGAAGACGCAGGUGUUUCAGCAUUCAGUAGGAGAAAUUUGGUCCUUACAGGCUUCUCCGACUGAAUCUGAUAUAUUUAUUACGUGUUACAAUAGCUUGAGUGAGGAAGGUUCCUGUCAGAUGAAAGGAGCUAUCUGGAGAUUUCCUGAGAUAAAAGAAUACACUAAUGAUAUUCUGCAACUCGAUAAAUUAGCUGAUAUCGAUACGACUCCAUAUGGCACCGAUCUUAAAACGAUUGCCUAUCAUCCUAUGGAUAGUAAGAAGGUUGUGUCGGUAGUAGAUAACAAUUUUGUUUUAUGGGAUCUGGCUGAAGGACCACAGGUUAUGGUAUCAGGCACCUUAGCAGGCAAAGGUCAGCCACGGUUUACGAACGGUAAAUGGAAUCCUCACAACGGUGCCAAUCAAUUUGUAACCUUGAACGAUAACAACGUUCGCGGAUGGGAUUUCAGAAGUCCAGCCAAUGCUGCUUGGUCUAUUUUAUCCGCGCAUUCACAAAUCAUCAGGGACUUGGAUUUCAAUGCAAAUCGUCAGUAUUUUCUGUCUACUUGCGGCGACGAUGGAUACAUGAAGUUCUGGGAUAUCCGUCUUCCGACGGAACCGGUGCUGUCACGUAUGGAGCACUCGCAUUGGGUGUGGAACAUAAGGAUCAACCGAUUCCACGAUCAGCUUGUUUUAACGUCCAGCAGUGAUUCCAGAGUGAUAUUGUGCAGCAUCGCGUCCAUAUCGUCUGAACCAUUCGGACAUAUGGUGUCAGCGGAAGACGAGACUUCGCAAAACGAAGAAUCUUGCGGGAAAAAGAAAUUAGAAGAUGGUCUGGUAGGAAGGUACGAGGAACACGAAGACAGUGUGUACGCAGUGGAAUGGUCGUCCGCCGAUCCUUGGACAUUCGCAUCUCUCAGUUACGACGGCAGAUUAGUUCUCAAUAAAGUACCGCGUAAAUAUAAAUAUCAAAUACUUCUAUAAAUCCACAAUAUUCAACGAAAAAGUGGAAGUAAUAUUACAUGCCUUAUUUAUUGUAAAUUUAAUUUUGUACCUAUAUAUCAUGUACAUAAUUAUUGACAUUGUACAUAUGUGUA